CAGAGCCUCCUUCACCAAAGCAACAACAGCUCUAGCUUGACGCAAGUUUCUUUAUUCUCUCUGUUUCGCAGUGCAUUUCAUACAUUUUUAGACUUUUUUAAUUUCUUAAGACAUCAAAGAUGGUGUUAUCUAAGACGGUCUCCGAGUCCGAUGUCUCGAUUCACUCCACGUUUGCCUCUCGCUAUGUCCGAGCCUCACUUCCCAGGUUCAAGAUGCCAGAGAACUCAGUACCAAAAGAGGCUGCAUAUCAGAUCAUUAACGAUGAGCUGAUGCUUGAUGGGAACCCAAGGUUGAACCUUGCCUCUUUUGUUACUACCUGGAUGGAGCCUGAAUGUGAUAAGCUUAUCAUGGAUGCCAUUAACAAGAACUAUGUUGACAUGGAUGAGUACCCUGUCACUACCGAGCUUCAGAACCGUUGUGUGAACAUGAUAGCACAUCUGUUCAAUGCACCGCUUGAAGACUCCGAGGCUGCUGUUGGAGUGGGAACAGUUGGGUCUUCCGAGGCAAUCAUGUUGGCUGGCCUUGCCUUCAAGAGAAAGUGGCAGAACAAGCGUAAGGCUGAAGGCAAACCUUAUGACAAACCAAACAUUGUCACCGGAGCCAAUGUUCAAGUGUGCUGGGAGAAAUUUGCGAGGUACUUUGAGGUGGAGUUGAAGGAAGUGAAGCUGAGGGAAGACUACUAUGUGAUGGACCCUGCCAAAGCUGUGGAAAUGGUAGAUGAAAACACCAUCUGCGUUGCUGCUAUCUUGGGUUCCACCCUCAAUGGAGAAUUUGAAGAUGUCAAGCUUCUAAAUGAUCUCUUGACGAAAAAGAACAAGGAAACUGGAUGGGAUACACCAAUUCAUGUUGAUGCAGCUAGUGGUGGAUUUAUUGCACCAUUUUUGUACCCAGAGCUUGAAUGGGACUUCAGGCUUCCCCUUGUGAAGAGCAUUAAUGUUAGUGGCCACAAAUAUGGUCUUGUCUAUGCUGGAAUUGGAUGGGUUAUCUGGAGGAGCAAGGAAGACUUGCCUGAAGAACUUAUUUUCCACAUUAACUACCUUGGAGCAGAUCAACCCACAUUCACUCUCAAUUUUUCCAAAGGUUCUAGCCAAGUCAUUGCCCAGUAUUACCAACUUAUCCGUUUGGGUUAUGAGGGAUACAGAAAUGUGAUGGAAAACUGUCAUGAAAAUGCAAUGGUCCUGAAAGAAGGAUUGGAGAAAACAGGGCGGUUUAACAUUGUGUCAAAGGACCAUGGGGUUCCCCUGGUGGCCUUUUCUCUCAAGGACAACAAGCGCCACGAUGAAUUCGAGAUAUCUGAGAUGUUGCGCCGGUUUGGUUGGAUCGUGCCUGCCUACACCAUGCCAGCAGAUGCUCAGCACAUCACUGUGCUGCGUGUUGUCAUCAGGGAAGACUUCUCCCGCACUUUAGCCGAGCGUCUCGUGCUUGACAUCCAAAAGGUGCUCCAUGAGCUGGAUACCCUCCCUGCAAAGGUCAAUGCCAAACUGGCUAUGGCUGGCGAAGAGCAUGGUAAAAAUGGCACUGUCAAGAAGAGUGCUAUUGAGACCCAGAGGGAAGUCACUGCUUACUGGAUGAAAUAUGUCAGCGAGAGGAAAACUAACAAAAACAAGAUCUGUUAGAACUUGUUCUAACACCCAUACACACAAUUUUAUUCCAAUCUUUUCUUUUUUAUUUUUAAUUUUUGUUUUACGAUGUUUCCCUCCCCCAAUUUGUUUUAGAGCUUUCUGAGUUGAGCCAUUAAUGUAAUCGAUUUUUUAUCUUGUAAUUGUGAAUCUCACAGUGUGAGGUUUGACUUCUAUAUAAUGAAUGCUAUAUAAGGAAGUUUGCAAGUAA